AUGGGGUGUGUUGCAAGAAGGAAAUAUUCUGUCCAGGGUCCUCUGCACUUGGUGCAUAUCGACACAAACCAUAAGCUCAUCAGAUAUGGCCUUGUUAUUUUUGGAGGGAUUGAUGGCUUCUCACGAAAGAUCAUGUACCUUGGUGCUGCAACCAAUAAUAAAGCAUCUACUGCACUUGAUUUCUUCUUGGAGGCAGUGCAGAAGUAUGGCUUCCCAUUAAGAAUAGAACGUUUGUGGCGAGAUGUUUGGAUGACUGUUUCAAAUGUGUACUACGAGAUACUUCACAGCCUUGAGGAUGAAGGUGUUCUAGACCCUUCUGAUAGCAUCCACCUCUUCUGUGCCCAGCAUGUGUUUCUUACACGUCUGCAGAGGGAUCUUGAUGUCUUCAGGGUGGGGUGGGAUAAUCACCCUCUAAGAACAGAGCAGAAUCUCUCCCCACAACAACUGUGGAUGAUGGGGCUUCUCCGGUAUCCUGUUGAUGCUCCAGACUUGGCAGAGGACAUUGAGGAUGCAGAUCUUCAUUUCAACACUGCCAGUGAGCAAGACGUGACCAGUCCUGGAGUGAUUCUCCCACCCAUUGAAUGUCCUCUCUCUGAGCAGGACAUGCCAGGCCUUAGGGCCACUAUUGAUGUUACAGGACCAUCAGAUUCCUAUGGGCGAGACAUUUAUUUGGCUGUAUUGAACUACGUGCUAAAUCACCGUAGAUGAAAACAUUUUGUAUUUCAUGACCAGUUCACCAGUGGACAUUUAAUUUGUUUUUAAUGUUUUUUGUUACUGACAACCACGAAGAAACAUAGUACAAACAUUAUUGAACUGCUGUGAGUGCUGGGUAGAAACUUAUUUAUGAGACAACAUGAUGCCAAUUAACCAGACCUCUAGAAAGAAAUUUCUUUUAUGAAAUCGUGUUGCAAGAUUUCCAGUUGUAUUUGUAUGAAAAGCUCUACAGUACUGUCUUCAAACAAAUAUGUAAUGUUUACUCUUGAAUAAUUAGUCCUGAAACACAGUAGUAUUAAAACACACAGAACAAAAGUAAAAAAGGAGCAGCAACUAGUGCUAAAAUGGUGUUGAUAAAAAAUUAACACCAUGUUAAACUGUUGGCCCAGAUGAAAAGCCUUAAUUAGAACCUGCAAGAUUUGUAUGAAAUGCUCUACAGUACUGUCAUUAAACAAAUAUGUAAUGUUUACUCUUGAAUGAUUAGUCCUGAAACACUGUAUUAAGAAAUGCUCAUUAAUCACAACAAAAGUAAAAGUAGCAACUAGUGCUAAAUAUUUACACCAUGUUAAACUGUUGGCCCAGAUGAAAAGCCUCAAUUAGAACCUUUUUGAACUGGUCAUAAGGCCUCAUAUGUCUGACAGGUAGUACAAUAUUCUUGGCACAUGCUGAAACAACAGGGUAACAUACAUUGUGAUGGCCAAAGUCUGCACUACAGUCAUGGUUAAACUUGAUCGUUACAGCAAAAUCCUUCUUCUCU